AUGACCAAGCGCAGUAUCAACAUCGAUUCCACGGCAGAGCGCCGAGUCAAACCCAUCUUGACUGAUCAGAGGCCAUUCAAAGUCACAAAUGUGAACGAUGGUGAAACGAUCCACCAGACAUGUCUGCUCAUUCAUGGCGAAUGCCAAUUGUUCGACUCUGACGACGAAACACAAUACGUAUCGGUCUCAUCUUCCAAUGUGCUGAUCAAGUCUGUUACGACACAACAUUGGCCGUUGGAUGCGGGCAAGUGGAGUGCGCUUGUCAUACUUUCAUCGGGAAAAAACCGGCUUGUCUUCAGUCUCUACCGUGGACAAGAAGUCUGUGGCUUGAUAGAGAUCAGCGUCAACUAUGUUCCACUCCUGCAGUUACCACCUCUGCAUCUGGCAAUUCUCGUGGCAAAAGAUUCACCUCUGCUGAUUGAUUGCCCGCCUGCCAAGUAUGGAAUCAUAUCCAGUGCCCACAGUGGCAUAGAUGCAGCGAUUGCAAAGUUCCGCAUGUCAGCAUACAUGUGGCAGGCUUUCACGGCUGAAGACUUUCGACAAAAGCAGCUGGGGCGACGCUCGUUCCGACUGGAAGAGGAAUGGAGUUGGAACAGCGCGUCGCAAAAUGCCCAUCAAAGUAUCCCAGGGAGUCCUUCCCAGAUGGGUCCUGUGGCAAAGGUUCAUAUUAUACGCUCCGACAAGACUGUUGCUCAGCUCCGUGAUGCAAACGUCGCUCAGCAGAACCCUGGAGGCAGGGACCGUGAUGCUUUGCACAAAUACUUUGAACAGGCAUUAAGGGAUUCGGGCGCACCGUUUGAUUCGGCCAGUCAACCAGUUGUGGCCGGUCUGAUUUUGGACUCCCAUUACUCGACCGAGCAGUCUCUGAUCACAGCACACGCGGCCUUGGGCUGCCACAAGCCAAAAGGCAUCUCCCUGGGGGUUUUUGGAAGUCAUCUCACAUACUCGUGGCCUCGCUUUCUCGAGGAAGUACCCUCAUGUCUGAUCGAUCUGACUCCUCCCGGUGAGACAGUGGGGGAUGACAACGGCGAAUGUGACACGAUGCGCGGAGCAUGCUUCGUCGGUCAAGGCGCAUUCUUGCAUGAGGUGGGCCAUGCAUUUGGUGCAAGCCACACGACGGGAAUUAUGGCGCGGGGGUAUAGCAAGAGCUGGGGAAUGAACUUUGUGCAGCAUGCACAGAACCGCACUUUGAGAAACACUUCCAAAUGGGACCUGCAAGACGCCCUCAAAUUCAAGAUAAUGCCUCACUUUGCUCUCCCAGGGGAUGCGCUCAUCACAAAGGAAUUCCGGGAAGCCCAGAUUCGAAUUGAGACAAUUGUGGAAAAGAAGAACCCCAGUGGCCUUGAAGAUACACGUGAAGGUUUAAGGGUCUCUUGUUCCGCGGGUCUGGCGCGAUUAGAGAUUGCAAGUGAAUCUCCCGACGACGAUUUUGUACAUCAGUUUGAUAACCAGUCUGACCACACUGAGUUUCAAAUCUCUAAUAUCCGCAGCAAAUAUGACCAGCGUUAUCCCUUGAGGAUCGUCGCACUUGGCAAGAACGGCAAGCGUCGGGAGGUUCCAAACGUCUGGGUGAUGCUCACAGAUCUUCCCUUUGUGACCAUCCCUGGAAGUGACCUGGUUCUCCGAAAAGAAUCAGUUCGUUCUCAAGAACUGCACGACUCAAAGCUCGAUGACACUGAGGUUUGCAGGUGGGCUUUGCUUCUUCAAAAACGUGGCAAAAAUGGUCAACUGCACCGUGCGACGUCGAUUGACCUCCGAGUUGGCUGCACCAUGGAUGGAGCGGUUGUUUAUUAUUCUGAUGGCAAGCAUGCCAACUGUGGUCCAGCACUUAACCAAAAUGGCGAUCCCCAUCGCUUCGGCGGGCAUGCGUCACAAGACCACACCAUCCCUGCUGGCGAGCACAUCGCCGAGGUCAAAAUCUGCAAGCGUGAAGAUGGAUGGGGAAACCUGUCGGGAAUUCGCAUGACUCUGAGCAAUGGAGAUUCUUGGGGGUACCUCAACCACACCCCCUAUGAAUAUGAUCCGGAGGAGGAAGAGGCAGAGAAUGACAGCAAACAGGAAGAGGGAGUUGAAAUUGUCACUUUGAAACCCCAGGAUGGGGACAUUAUUGUUGGGUUCUAUGGGACAAGUGAAAAACGUUGUGGAUUCACCCACCAAUUUGGUAUUUUAACCGCCCCAAAGGAUGUUGACCUCCCAGAACAGGUGUAUGACAUGGCAGAGUUGAAAAAUGAUGGAUGA